AUGGAGUGUUUUAAAAGAAGAAUUCUACAACUGGUUUUCUAUGGAAGUUAUAGAAUGAAUGGAACAAAAUGGAAGUCAGAAUAUGAUUCAAAUAUACGGAACUUUUUCAAGAUGGAAAAUACUAAAAUUAAAGAUCAGCCCUUGAAGGAGUGUCAGUGGAAGAUUCCAGGGAUUAGAUAUACGUUGUUCUGUUGUGAUGGAGCGGCAAAUGGAAAUCCUAGUGCAGAAGGAUAUGGAGUUAUUGCUAGAAACCAUCAAAGUCAAGUCAUUGGUACCAUAUCUGGAAGUGUUGGAUUAGCUACAAGCUUUAUUGCUAAAGAUGUAUCUGUGGUUUUCACUACUGAGUGGGCUAUAAAACUGCAAUGUAGUAAGAUCAUAAUUAGAUCAUCUGACAAAACAGUAAUGAAAGCUUUCAGAAAUGGUAUGGUUCCUUGGUAUCUGAGAGCAAGAUGGUUAACAUCAACUAGCAGAUUGUCUGACAUUCAAUUUGAAGAUUGCCACAAAGAAAUUAGUUUCUCUGCUGAAAGUUUAGCAAGGUAUGGAACUGGAUUACCUCAAGGUACAACUAUAAUUCAUAAUGGAAGGCCAUCUUCUUUAGUUCAAGUAGAAAUGCCUCAUACUACAUAUUACAGAAUUUGA